UGGUUGCAUAGGUGGGCAAAAGCAUCAUCAGCAUCAGGUAAAAAGAGAGAGAAAGAGAGAGAGAAUGGGAAAAAUGGUUAACGAGGAGCAACAGAAGCAAUCGCAGAAGCAGGAAUUUCGAAAGGGUCCAUGGACGGAGCAGGAGGACUUGAAGUUAGUUUCAUUUGUGGGGCUGUUUGGAGACAGGAAAUGGGACUUUAUAGCAAAGGUUUCAGGUUUGAAGGUGGCGGGAGACACUUGAUAGGUAAUGCUUAUUUGGGCAUGAUGCUUUUUGAAACCGCCACUCCCUUUAACCACCCAAUUCUAUAUGUUUUCGUUGUAGGUCUCAAUCGAACUGGUAAGAGCUGCCGCCUCCGCUGGGUUAACUACCUCCACCCCGGCCUCAAACGUGGCAAGCUCACUCCCUUUGAAGAGAAGCUUGUCUUGGACCUCCACUCCAAGUGGGGCAAUAGAUGGUCAAGAAUUGCCCGGAAGCUGCCCGGGCGCACGGACAACGAGAUCAAGAAUUACUUUAGGACUCACAUGAGGAAGAAGGCUCAAGAGGAGAAGCGCGCGCUUGCAUCACCAAGUUCUUCAAGCUGCCAUUCCUCACUCUCUUCAAACAACAACAACAACCAAGCUGUUGAUUCGCAUGCUUCCAAGAAAGCUGGAGAAGAGAGCUUCUAUGACACAGGGGGGCCGGUCAUGACUGUGGACUGCUCAACCGAUUUGAAGGAAGAAGAAGGGUUCUCCAUGGAUGAUAUAUGGAAAGAUAUUGAGCUUUGUGAAGAGAAGAACAUUGUUGUUUAUGAUGGGAAUAAGAGUGAAGAGGGUUGCAACUUCUCAAGUCCACCAUCAUGGGAGUAUUCUUCUGACCCACUUUGGGUGAUGGAUGAACAAAGUGUGUUAUUCCCAACUAGUGACCCAUAUUUUUCCUCAUUUCUAACUGGCUAAUCAUCACUACCAUUUAUUCUUUUUCCCCCAACAUCAUCAAAUAUUUUGUUCAUAUAUAGUAAUGUGUGUGCUUUUAGUAUUAAGAAACAAAGUCUCUAACAUGUGUAUAGCUAGCACCAUAUAAUAGUUCCUCCAAGUUUAUGGCAUGCUUUAUUUCUAGCUACUAGAUAUAGUGUGAUAUAGCAGAAAUAAAUUAUAAUAGCCGCAAGAGUAACUACUACUACUCUAUCUAUAGUUUCUUAUGUCAAUGUCCCAAUGCCUUGCUUAUCUACUUUCAAAAGAAGGCAUCUCCAAUAUGAAUAUGUUAUGUUCUGUUAUGAAUGUAAAAUAUCAAGCACUUGUUUAUUUUAUUGUUUC